AUGGCACCGUCCAGAGUAGUCGCAACCGUGGUUUGCCUUCUGGCAGCCCUUUCGUCGGUAGUCGAGGGCGAACCGGCGCGCUACGAUAACUAUCGUGUCCUGAAGCUAUCGAUUGACCGCCAGGAUCAACUGGAGCUGCUUCAGCUCAUCGAACAGCAGCCCGAUGGUUACACCUUCCUGAGCGAUCCCGUGCACCUGAAUAGCACCGUAAAGCUAGUGGUCCCUCCACAUAAGUCGGCCGAAUUCGCAGAGCUCCGCGAGCGAUUCGCCCUGCAGGCUUCGGUGGCGUUCGAAAACCUGCAGGAUGUCAUCGACCGGCAGCUGAAGGGUCGACGUGAAACAUUCGGAUGGGCCGCCUAUCAUACCCUGGAAGAUAUCAACGACUGGCUGGACACGCUGGUCACCGACCAUCCGGGCGUUGUUAGUGCCAUUGUGGCUGGGGAGACGUACGAAGGGCGACAGAUCCGCGGGGUUAAAGUGUCCUAUAAGGCGGGCAAUCCGGCCAUUUUCAUCGAGGGAACGAUCCAUGCUCGAGAGUGGAUCAGUGCGGCGACCGUUACCUGGGUGUUGAACGAGUUGCUCACUUCGGAGGACCCCACGGUGCGCGAUAUUGCCGAGAACUACGAUUGGCACAUCGUGCCGGUGGCCAAUCCGGAUGGGUACGCGUACACUCACAGCACGAACCGGUUGUGGCGCAAGACCCGCUCGCAGCAGAAUGUCCUGUGUUACGGGGCGGACCCGAACCGUAACUGGGACUUCAUGUUUAACCAGGGAGGCACCUCACCCAUUGCGUGCACCGACACCUGGCCGGGACCGUCUCCCUUCUCGGAGAUCGAGACCCGCACUCUGUCGCAAUAUAUCGGCGGUAUUCCGAAUCUAUCGACGUACCUUGACUUCCACUCGUCCGGCCAGCUGCUGAUGGUGCCGUACGGUCACACCAGGGAGCCUCUUGAUAACUACGAUGAGUUGAUGGACAUCGGACGGAAGGCCAUCGCAAAGCUCCAGGAGCGGCACGGUAGCGUCUACCAGGUGGGCAAUAUCGCGGAAAUUAUCUAUAUAGCCUCCGGCAGCAGCCUGGACUGGGUCAAGGGAACACUCCGGACUCCGUUGACGUUCGCGUACGAGCUGCGUGAUACCGGCGAGUACGGGUUCCUGCUACCACCGGAACAGAUCAUCCCGACGGCGGAGGAAACUCUUGACUCGAUCAUCGUCAUCCUCGAGGAAGGCAAAGCCUUGGGUUACCACUAAGGCACGAAUCGGAAUAAAUUGGCCAACGAAG